AUGGCGGACAACCUCCAUAAGGCAAUCCGUUCUAUGUCCUUAGAAGAUGAUGAGCCGAUGGUCCUCCCUGAUGACCCUAAGUUUCAUGUUUUUGAUGAAAACGCGCUUAGUAUCCUUGGGCGUUUACUGAAUCCCGAGGCUCAGAACAUGGCAAGAAUGAUCGAUUACAUGCCUCAAGCGUGGCGUCUCUACGAUAGGGUGAGAGGUAUCGCUCUAACACGUGACCGCUUUCAGUUUGUGUUCAAGAGAGAAGAAGAUUUGGAAACUGUUUUAAAGGAUCGUCCAUGGUCCUACAACCACUGGACCAUGGUUUUGGAACGCUGGGUUCCUUCUCCUCCAAGAGACUUCCUGUCCAAGUUUGAAGUGUGGAUCCGCAUUCGGAACAUCCCUAUAAACCACUUCACCAUCGGAACUAUGCAUCUACUAGCCUCUAAAGUUGGCUUUGUGAAGGAGAUAGCGUACGAUCCUAAAAGCUCUCAGAAAACAGAAUACAUCCGAGCUAAGAUCUUGUUUUCAGCUACGAAUCCAGCAUUUGCGGCUAAGAACUUAACUCUCCCCUCUGAUGAGAUAGUGGUCAUUGAAUACGAGUAUGAAAAGAUCCAUAAAAGAUGCUUCCAAUGCUAUAGACUAACUCAUGAAAAGUCUAUGUGCCCUUAUACCAAGCCUCGCCUGCGUAGAACUCUACCGAGCGCAGAGGAGAGACCCCCAAGGGACUCUACAAAACCUGCAAGUGAGGCUCAGCGUCUGGAAGCUCCACCAGGGUUUCCCCCUUUGUUUCCUGAACUGCAAGGAGAAGAGAGAACUAUGGCCCUCCAAUAUAUCUCUCAUGCUGAUGAAACUGAGCGUCGUGCACGCAUAAUGCGGGUGCAGCAAUCUAUCGAAGCCGACAAGGAUAAUCCCCCUGCCGUGCUGACCAAGAUAUCACACGAUGUGGACAAGGAGAAAGGGCAUGUGUUUCAGUAUGACAAACCCGCUUCAGAAGCGCUACCCCUAGUCUGCAAGAGGGCUCAUCCUACGCAGUCAGCUCCUAGUGGUGAUCGUAACAGAGGGUUUAACGAAGUUUCUUCAUCAGGGGUAAGCGCCAACUCUCGAUCUGUUCCAAAAGGACCAACGGUAUUUCAGGCUGGAAUAUUUUGCUCCACCUCAUCCGGGGCCCUUCGGAAUAAGAAAAAGAAAUCUAGGCAACGCCCUCCUGCUUGGGUUAGACAUGUCCGACCAGUGCGAAGCUCAACAUGCGUGAACCUAAGCGUUACUGAUGAACCAGUAAGUGAGUCUGGUACAUCGAAGAGGAAAGCAGAGGAGACUGAGACUCCACAAGGCAACAAAUCCACAAAAACCAACGAAGAUACGGUGGCGUCCGAUUUGAGGCUGCUGUCUCCCCAAUGA